AUGUCAGAAAAAGGGACAGAAGGACAAGUGUUUGUCGUGGACAAUCGACGACGCGACGAACUGAUCAAGACAAUCCUCAUCAUCGUGUUGAUUAUCGUUUUUCCGCCAGCCGCUAUCGCUGUACAGGCGAACGAGUGCAACAUUCAUGUGGUGGUCAGCUUAUUCCUGAUGUUCUUCUUCCUCGUACCCGCCUACAUUCAUGCCGUUUGGUACUGCUUCAUUCGAAAAUCACCUGAACAUGUGAUCGCCUAA